AUGAGGAAAUUGAGUCUUAAUGGUGAUACGAGCUGGAUGAACGGGCCGGAGCAGACUGCAACAGGAGAGAAGGGUCUCUCUAACGGUACUCAUGUGUCUGGCGAGCCGGAGCAGACUGCAACAGGAGAGAAAGGUCUCUCUGACGGUACUCAUGUGUCUGACGGGCCGGAGGAGACUGCAACAGGAGAGAAAGGUCUCUCUGACGGUACUCAUGUGUCUGACGGGCCGGAGGAGUUUGCAACAGGAGAGAACGCCACAGAACGCCAGGAGGAGACAACAACAACAUGGCUCAAGAUAGACUCGCCUCCUCACAAGGCACUGUCACUGAAAGCAGUCGUCUUUGAGAAGGCAUUGCUCACAGACAUGGGCCAGAUGAUGUCUUAUACAAUGUCUCUGAGUAAGAUGCCAUCACAGAAGAACAAGAACGGAAAGAAAAAGAAGAGGAAGGAGCGCAGCCCGACCCCCUCCAGCAGUUCCAGUUCCAGCAGCAGUAGUAGCAGCUCACGAAGAGCUUCUGCAUCAGUUUGGCAUAGUAACGAGCCCGGAUCUUGUCACCAUAAGAAGGGACCUCCUCUCUAG